AUGCGCCGCCUCAAGGGCCUGUCGAUCGGGGCUGUCCCUUGGGCUCCAGCCGCGGCGGGCCCGUCCGGGCUCGUGGGCGGUCGGCCUUCCGGGCGUCUCCCGAGACGGGCCAGACCCGGAGCCCAGCUCGCCGCGGCUGAGAGGAGCGCCUCUGAGCUUGUCUCCUCUGGCUUCGAGCGCCCACAAACCGUAAAUAAUGACGUCCUUUCCCACAGAAACGACGCGAAGCUCCGGGCAGACAGCCUCGCGGUUGUGUCGGCGGCUGGAUGUCUCAGGCCCCGCCCCGGCUCGCCGUCGGAUGCGAGAAAGGCCGUCUACGUGGACAGGGACCGGGGGCGCCAAGGAAGGCGGCAGCCAGACAAAGGACGUGCGAGGCUGCGGGAGACCGCAGAGACACGCCCCGAUGAGGCACACGAGCGCGGCGCAGCCGCGCUCGCUCUGCAUUCUCCGUUCUUUCGUCCUCCACCUGCGAGUGACCCGCCCUCCGUCGUUGUCGCAUCUACGACGGAGGGCAGGUGCCUCCAUUCCUCAACUUAUGACUCGGCUCCUUCGGGGCGGAUUUCGCCUGCGUCUGCAGCCUGUUCAAAUUCAGAGGUGGGGCGUGUCCGCCUCAGGGCCCCCUCCGCGCUCUCGUCUCCUUGCGUUUCAGGCCUUACCACUCGAUCUCUCAGCUUCCGUGACUCUUUCUUUUCUUGCCUUGCUUCGUGUCCCCUCUCGUCGGCGUCAUCCAUGGCUGGUUUUCAUCCACCCUCCUCAUGCCCGGUCUGCGCCUGCUGUGUGGCGUCCCGUUCGGCGUCAGCCUCGCACCUGCUUUCUGCUACGGUUUCUCGCCCUCUUUUUGGGCCUCCCACCUUCGCUUCUUCUCUUCGUUUCUUCACGUCUUCGUCUCCUUCCGCCGCUCCGCGCGGGCCUCCGUUGCCGCGUCCUCCUGCCUCAACAGAGGCCUCUUCUCCUACAUUCGCCGAUGCCUUCUUCGCGUUAGCUCCUCGCUCGCGCACGAGCUGCGAAGGGUUUGGCAGCGCGUUUCUCGCCGCGUCGCAGAGGUCGCUCUCCCUACUUCGGCAGAAACAACGCAGCUGCCAAUGGGAUGGAGGCCGAGGCGCAGCGAGCGCCGGACGGGCGCCAAGCCCCAUUCCAGAAACGAGGCGUGAGAGCGAGGCCUGCGUCUCGGCUCAGCAGGCGCUGAACGCGUCGCAACUGCGGCAGCGCGCAUACGUCCUCAACGCGAUGCGCCGACAUCUCGCCUCUCCAGGCGCGCUAACCGCAUCCAGCCCGGGGUCGCUCGCGCCUUGUCUGCGCCUCGUGAGAAACAAGUGGGCUUCCUUCGAUCUGAAUCUCUCAGCGCUCUCCGUCGCGCUCCUGCUUCGCGCGGCGGCCGCUGACUCGGCUGCGUUCGCUUUUUCGGCUGCGCCCUCCGCGUUGCACCCCUCCGUCCGGCGUGCGCUUCUCGACGCGACUCGCGUCCUUCACGUCGUCCGCAGCGAAAACAGUCGCGCUUCCUGGAGGGGCACGCACGCGCGCGCCACGGGAGGCUCUGCGGGGCGUCAGGCGCGGGAUCGGGGCGACCGAGGGACGGGCCUCGAGGAGGCCUCGAGUGGAGAGACUGGGCGGCGAGACGCUUCCGAGGUGCGCGGCGACGUUGGCGACGAACGGGCGGACAGAGAGAACUGCGCGCGUGAACUGGAGAGCGAACCGUGUCAGGAGCCGAGCCAAGCAGCUGACGCGCAGCCCUUCGUCGUGCGAGCGGCCGAGGGGGAGGUUCACAAGCCUGUCCACUUCAGCACGCACGCGCUGUCUCCUGUGUUUCGCGAGCUGUACGCCAACAGCGUUUUCUUGCGACUUCGGGCGGCCACGUGCGGGGGGCUCCGCCGACUCGCGCAAGAGAUCCGCGACGGGCGCCGACCGGGGAACGCCGGCGCCGACCUGGACAGGGCGACAAGCCCUCCUUCAGCUGCUGCGUCUCCGUCGCUGUCGCCUCCCUGUGCUGUGCUUUCGCCGCGGUCUCAGGGGUUCGCCCAGCGGCUCAGCGACAGGCCCUUAUUCUGGCGCCCGCUGGCGUCCUGGAGCGAGUUCGCCUACGAGCCCGAGGUAUGCCGAGUCGCCGACGAGCUUUUCGCGGCCUUCUGGAAGGCGAAAGUCCUCGAUCUCGAGCUACUUCUGGCGCUGACAGAGGUCCUCGUAGCUGCUUCGUCCCUCAGUCUACGCCCGCCCUCAGGCCCCGCCGCUGGUGCGUCGCCUUCCGCCGGCGCCUUUCGGCCUUCGCCGACCGACUCAUUGGUGCCCGAGAGCGCACUCCCGCCGUGCGCGUCGCCUCAGGCUUCACGUGGGCAACAGACGCCCUUCUCCUCGCCUCCACCGUCGCGUUUGUCUGCGCAUUCCUCGUCUUCAUCUUUGUUCGAAUCGGAGUUUCUGGCGUUGUCGCGAGCGAGUAGCUCGCUCAUGCAUUUGCUGCUGUUGAGUGAAGUGGAGCAGGUCGCCUUCGUGUUUUCUUCGCGCUCACCGCUCUCACGCUCUGCCGCUUUGCUUUUCUCUAUCUCCUCUCCAUCUGCGCCUCACGCAUCCCUUAUAGGCGAUGGAGCCUUUCGAAUUUGUCCGGGCAGCGUUCCUUCACCUUCACAGUGCAUGCCCUCGUUGCACUCCUUAUCUGGUUCACCAUCGUCUCUCUCUGUGGCGUGCCGCCCGCCUGCCUCUGGCCCCCGAGCGCCUCCUGUGUCUCGCUCCCCUGCUCUGCUCGUCGAAGCCACGGGUCGCGCGAAGGUUUUUUGUUCAGAUAUCGAGCGCAAGAUCCCCUUUUUGGUGGGCUGGCGCAUGCCGCAGAGGCGCGCGGCCGACUCGCUGCCUGCGGAAGACGCGCAUUUCUCAGCCGGUGCGACAGACGAAGCACCGACGGGUGGCUUCUCGACGGAGCAAACACUCGUGCCGCGCGUCCUCUCGGAGCUAUGCGAGCUCCUCGCGAAGGACAUCUCAGUCGUCCUGCGCCGCGCCGAGGACGAAACCGCGGGCGCCUUCCUCCGAAUGCGAAAGGCGAGUCACGAGCUGCUUUUCGCCGACGAGUUCGAAGGAAAAAGAGGGCUCCAUUCAGGCCGAAGACUUGAGGGAACGCGAGAGGCUUCCGGCGCAGAGAAGAGCGCGCGCGAACAUCUUCCUCUCAGCGCAGAGAGCGAAAGCGAGUCCGAGCCAGCUGGGAAGGCGGCCGGCUGGCCGGGCUUGCGCCUAUCGCCGUGCCUCUACGAAGGGCUGCCGUUUUCUCUCACGAAUGUGCUUGAGGGUGUCGCAGAACUGCGAGCUUACGUGGAAAUUCGCAAGCGACGACUGCGCGACGCCCUGUGCCCUUUCUCUCCGUCUCCUGCCCUGCCUCGCGGCGUCUCCGUCAAGGAGCGGCAACACGCGCGCGGAACAGACGAGAGAAUUCGAGGACUCCUCCAGCGACCCGAUCACGCCGCGCGCCGCGACGAAAGCCCCACGACAGGUGCCGGUGCGAGCUGCAGCCGAGCAGAGCGCGACAAGGAGAGAGGCCGGGGCGGCGAGUUGAAGCGUGGAGAAGACGGAGAAGAGGGCAGCCGCCGUCGUCGCGAGAGCGGGCUUUCAGGGGAGAGGAGGCAAGAGCAUGCCGCGCCGAGGCUCCUCGUCGGGAUGCGCGACGGAGGGCGACCGGAGCGAUACGAGAGCAACGGAGAGGGAGUUGGGAGCGAUGCGAAUCGCAGAGCGGAGUCCGCGCGUGAGGACGCAAGUGCUGCACGGACAGAUGAGCUGGAAGAGGGUCAGCGACUCGGGCGCCUUGAACACAUAUGUGAGCACUUAGCCCAGCGUGUGAGCCACGUGGUGACGCACGUGCUGAACGCAGACACCGCUCGCGCGCUUCGGCAGCGACACGCAGCGAGGCGAACGGCCUGCAGCCCCGGCGAGAGCUCGGCAAGUGCCUUGGCUGUGUCGCCGCCUCCUCCUUCUCCUGUCCAACCGCGAUCUUCGUCUGCGUCCGGUGUUGCUCUCGAUCGUGCCGAGUCUCGUCGCUUGCCUCUCCCAUCUGCGUCGCCGUCUUCGUCCUCUUCGCUCUCCGCCGCGCGGUCUCAGGGGCCUGGCGACUGCGCCUCGCCAGUCUGGACUCGAGACCGCAUCCGUUUUAUGCUCUUUCGCCUCGCAUCAACGGGCGCGUCAGUCACCCCCGCCCUCUGCGUCGCCGUCUGCCGAUGGAUGCUUUUUGUCGCGCCUCAGGGCCGCACCGGCCUCCCCAAAGAAGCGCCAGCCGUCUCAAGGCGAGGUGUAACCGCCUGCUCCGAAGCGAGGCAGGGCGACUUCCACGAGGGCGGGGCGACGCCUCCAAGGCGACUGAGUGGAGACGACGCGCAGCGCGCACAGCAGGGCGGCAGCGGAGAAGUUCGUGAGAGCCGCGGCGAAACGGAGACGCGCGGAGACGGCUUCGCCGCUCGGUCGCCACACGAAGAGGAAACGAGAGGGCAUCCAGGGGGGCAGGACGGGAGCCAAAACGCCGAGGGAGGGCGAUAUCGCCCGCGCGUGGGAUGCGUCCAGCCAGAGGCGACGACGGGGACAAGGAGAGACGAGGUUUUGCUCGAUAUUGUGAUGGAGGAGGAGAAUCGGCUUAUAUACGGGGGAUUCAGGGAGCUACUGACCACAGAGGACUGGGCGCGAGCCCUGCUUUCUCUGUCGGUGCUCUUCCCCUCGGCCUCGCUGCCUUUUCGGCGUCUGUUCAUUUCCGCCUGUCUCCUACCGUGGCAGCCGGAGGCGCUGGACGUCGUCGCGAAUGCGCCUCUGGAGGCUCCUCCGCAGCCGGCUUCACCGCCAUCGUCCAACGUUUCCUCUAACUCGUUCUCCUCCCGGCCUGCUCUCGUGCACACGCCUUCGCUGUCUUCUCCGGACUCGCCUCCUUUGCCUUUGGCGGUGGAUGGCCGCCACAUCUGUGACGCGAUUGCGUUCAAGGCUUUCUGCCAGCUGUGCCGCUUGCGGGCUGUUUCGACGCCGUCGCUCUUUUUUUCGUCUUCGCCGCCUUCAGCAUCUGGCGCUCAGGGUUUUCCGCUGGAGACACCAGCCUCUGAGAUGCGCGGCGAGCUUGGGGACCUUCGGGGCGCUUCGGCAUCCUUCGCCUCCUCUGCGGAGUUCAUUCCUCUCUUCCGGUCUCGGAUUCUUCGCAGCCUUAUCCAGUCCGCGUGUGAUGACUUGCUCUGCACCCCGGCGCCAUCCUCCGCGUCGUCCUCGCGCUUUGUGUCGCUUCGCUCCUCUCCAUCCUUCCAACCAUCUGAGUCGCUCUCCUUGAAGGUGCGCCCUGGCUCGCCCAGCGUCGCCGAUGAUGCCUCAGCGGGGCCGCAACUGGAGCGCAAGGGUGCUGAGGUCGACGCAGAGUUUCUGGAGGUCUCACACGCGGUCGGGGCGCUGAUGGCGAGGCGCCUGGCGCUCGAGACGGAGAGGCAACUCGACGCGUUGCGUCGCGCAUGGAACACACGCAGCGUCCGCGGCGAUCGGGCUGAGUCCCCAAGGCAACCACUCCCCCAGGAGGGAGAGAAACAACGUGGAAAGAAAUACGUCUUCUGCGUCGCCGACGACCACGACGCCACUGGCUUCAUUCCAAAGUCUACAUUUCCACCACGCGCCGCCUCCACGGCGGCUGCUUCCGUCUCUGCGUGUUCUGCGUCUCCUCGGUGCUCGCCUUGGGCCCCGCCAGCCUCUGCGACGCCGACGCCAGGCCCUGUACUUUCUGCGUCGGCGCGAGAAGACGAGACCUCUGACUCGCAGCUCCUGCUCAUAGGAUUAUCCGAGGCCGACGACACCGAGUGCCUCUUCCCGAGCGCAGUUGCAAGCCUGUCGGCGACGCAAGAUAUCAGCGACGGCUUAUAUGAGAAGAUCCUCACGCUCGCCUUCUGCACUGGCCGUGCGUACUGGGCGGCGAAGCGGGGUGCGGCGGCGGCGCUGCAGACGCAGGCACACGAAAACUCAAAAACACCCUUCAAAAAAUCAGGUGAAACGGUCUCCGCCUCGCGGGAAGAAGCACUGCCUCCUCGGCCUCGGAUCGCGUCUGGCGCCGUCUUCACGCACACACCAAGCAAGGCAGCGUCUUCGUCCGCAGGGUUUUUCUCUCAAACGCCUGCGCCGCGACCCCGCGCCUUCUCGUCUGCUCGUUGCCUGCCCUCGUCUCUUCCAGCUUCGGCCCUUUCCUCGCUGAUGCCGCCGGCGUCGCCUUCCCGCGCGACCUUCACCCCCUCCGCCUCUUUUUCUUCUGCGCGCUCUUCGGCGGCCGCUCAGGAAGGCGUGCUUGGAGAGACAAGGGAAAGUGAAGCGUCGGCAGACGCAACGUGGUCGCGUGUGAGGCCUUUCGAAAAGGAGCAGAGUCUUGCUUCAUUUUUCUUCCUCGAGGACGUGCGUGAAGAAGCGGAACGGGGCUCCGCGCCCAGAGCAGGGGGACCCGCGAGGGAGGUGUCGCAAUGCAGCACCCUGCCAGCGCAUGCAGAGCGCGUCAGCGAGAGCGGAGAAGUUGCAGAGGCGACGCAGCGCGGAGGCGAGUUUGCCGAGGCCGCAAGAGCUGCAGAAGCAGGCGACCCCACAGUGCCCGGAGCAGCAGCCGCCGAGGGAAAGGUAGAGCACGGGGAGGCGUGCGAGGAGGAAGGCGAUGAAACGAAAACGAGGGGAAACGAGUCGGAAGCGCCUGAGAGGCAGGAAGAAGGAAGCACAUGCGACGGGGAGUGCGAAAGAGCUUCCGGGGAGCGAAUGCGGAGCCUGGACUCCCGUGGAGAGGAAGCCGCUGUCAGCGCCAGAGACGCGCGCACAGCGGAGAAGCGAGGGGACCGACCAGCGAGAGACGCAGGCCGACUACGAGACUGCCGCGACAGAGCCGCGAGCCGAGAGAGAUUGCGCUACGUCAAAGACUUGCCGCGUGUCGAAUGGGAAAGCAAACACCUCAUGGUUCUGUACAAGCCUCCGUUUUGGCGCGUUAACCUUGAGCGAAGCGAGAAGCCUGAGACCGUGCGCGAACGGGUCGCGCUCGCGUCGCCGUCACUCGCCGCUGUCCUGCCCUCCUCGCCCCUCUACUUUUCUCCCUCGCUGCGGACUCGCGUCCUGAAACUCCUCGCCGCAGGUGGCCUCUCCGAGCCGCUGCAUGCGUACAUGCAGGUGGCGCUCGGCCGCCGCAGAGACGCAGUCGCGCAAGACAACUCACCCGGUGAAACGGCCCUCACGAGGACGGCGCGAGGCGGAGAGGGCAGCCCAGCAGCGGACGCUGCGAGCCCUGCGAGGGCGCGCCCGGAAGCGAGCGAGCGGCCGCGAGGUGCGAACCGGGAGCCGCGCAGACGAGAGGAGGACGAAAGGAUUGCGCUUCUCUUCGAUCCCACGCACCGGUUUGGAAUCAGCCACAGACUCGACACGCCCACAAGCGGCCCUCUCCUGGUCGCAAAGUCGUACGCGGGCUUGGCAUUUCUGCGCGCGCAGCUCGCCUCGUGGAAGCCGAAAAAAGUCUACAUCGCACUCGUCUUCGGCCGGCUGUCGCCGCCAGACACUCUGCGGCUUGUGCAUCCGCUGCGCCUCACGCACUUGGCGAAACACACGGGGAAAAAAGAAGUGGAAGUCGCUCGCGCCGUCGACGCAAAGGUCGCCGCCUCGCUGUGCUCGGUGAUUCAGCAUUACUCUUUCAACAGCCGGGUUUUCACGCUCUGCCGCGUGGAGCCUGUGACUGGGCGCACGCAUCAGAUUCGCGCGCAGCUCGCACAUUUAGGGCAUCCUCUCGUCGCAGACCCCAUCUACGUCACGGAUCCCGCGGACCGCGCCUUGGGGCGGUGCUUGUCGGACCGUCUUUUUCUUCACUGCGCGUCGAUUUCCUUCCUCGACGUCGCAGAAGGCGACGUAGGCCCGUACGAAGCGCAGCGCGGAGCGGCGGAAGCGCGAAACGUUACGGGCAUAUCACAGAGCCACGAGGCUCCAGCCACCCCGCGGGCGUCGCCUCCUCCGCAUUCCCGAAACCCGCGCGCUGAACAGAUCGAAGACUCCCUGCCGCCAGCUUCGCGUCUCCGGUUUCGACCUGUUACUGUGGAAACGUCUCUGCCUCGCGAUCUCCAGGCUACUCUCGCGACUCUCACGCCGCUGGGUCCUCCACCCGCCGCAGGAGAACCAAGGGUCUAA